ACCCAUCCAAGAUGGCGACCAGCGUGAGGCCCACGCGGGUUCCUGGCAUCCAACGCGCGUCAAUUAUUGGCUGGACUUUAGCAUGAAGCCCACGAACCUGACGCGCAUCCUAAACCGCUUCAACCCUGUUCAUAAACUGAACUAUUCUCGUCGCUUUUCUUAAUUUCAAUGGAGGUUUGCAAGCAGUAUUAAGGUGCGGUAGCGCCACCCAGCGGACUUAACUGUGAAUCGGAGGUGGACUUUUUCCUCCUGUUUUUGUUUUUUUUUUUUUUUUUUUUACUCCCCCCCCCCCACAGUUCUUCAUUGUGUGUGUUGGGGGGGGGGGGGAAGCGGGGCUGGGUCAUGAGCUUUGGGAGCCGCGUCGUCUUCGCUCGACUCGCUCAACCGCUGCCCGCCUCGUCGCUCUCGUCGCCGGCGGCUCGGCCUCGUCCUCGUCCUCGUCCUCGUCGUCGUCCGCUUCUCUUCACCGCCAGGCCGAGGACGAACAUGGCGGAGGAAGCGAAGAAGCUGGCCGCCUACGCUGCGGUCGACAACCACGUCCAGAACAAUCAGGUGGUUGGAGUCGGCAGCGGCUCGACCAUCGUUUACGCGGUGGACAGGCUGGCGGCAAGGGCGCGUCAGGAAAAGUUGAACGUGGUGUGCGUGGCCAGCUCCUUCCAGGCGCGCCAGCUGAUCGUGCAGCACGGACUGACGCUGUCCGAUCUGGACCGACACCCCGAGCUGGACGUCGCCAUCGACGGCGCCGACGAGGUGGACGCCGAUCUGACGCUGAUCAAAGGCGGAGGCGGCUGCUUGACUCAGGAGAAGAUCGUCGCCGGCUGCGCCCGACAUUUCGUCGUCGUCGCGGACUACAGGAAAGACUCGGACGCUCUGGGCCAGCAGUGGAAGAAGGGCGUCCCCGUGGAGGUGGUCCCCAUGGCCCACGUGCCCGUCUCCAGGAGGAUCGUCCGACUUUUCGGGGGCGAGGCCAACUUGCGCAUGGCCGUCAGUAAAGCGGGUCCCGUGGUGACGGACAACGGCAACUUCAUCCUGGACUGGAAGUUUGAACGCGCUCACAACUGGAAGGACGUCAACGCCGCCAUCAAGAUGAUUCCGGGGGUGCUGGAGACGGGACUGUUCGUGGGCAUGGCCGAGCGCGCCUACUUCGGCAUGGAAGACGGCCGCGUGGAGGUGCGCGACGCGCCCGUCAACUGAGGGGGAGGACGGCGACGCGGGCUCAACUCGCCACUUCCUCCCCGGAACCCCGUUGAGUCGAGAGUUUGAAUCCGACGGAUCCGCUCUAAACUUUGUGCCUCGACACGGUAUUUGACUUGGAAGGAAGUCGAAUGAGGACACUUUUGCGCAAAGCAACGUUAAGGUUAAGGUAACUUCCUGUUUACAAAUCUCGCCUCUCCACCAUCUUGUUUUCAGUGCCUGCGCCGCAACUCGGCCGACAUCUUCCGCUACACCAAAGUGUACGUCUUGCACCAUUCUUGUAUUUUUUUAUUUUGAAGAAUUCCAAACCUGACUGUGAUCAAUAGAUUUGACGUGAUCGAGUGCUGAACUCAGGACCAAAAUCAUGUUUGUAACUAUUCAAGUAAACUGGAUCACGUGA